AUGAGUCAAUCGUUUAUAGCAAAUGAUUUGCAGAAGCUUACUGAAUCAGAAGAUGAUGUCCCUCAAGAAGAUGGCUUCAGAAUUGCAGACCUUGAGAAGAAUCUUCAGUCUAUUGCCACGCCCCGUGCAUACUCAAUAUCUAUCUUCUCAUCAUUCAAUUCAGCCUCCAUCAUUCAACGACGUGAAUCACUUCUUGUAUCGAGUGAACAUUCUUCUGCUUACUCGAGUGUUGAUGCAUGGGUCAUCGCGAUGACGCGGUGGAUCAGGUAG